AGGGGUGGCGGCGGCGGCGGCGGCGGCGGCGAUGGCGCGGCGCGGGUCCCUCUCGGACCUCGGGUCGGACUCCGAGGACUCCUCGCUCUCGGACUCGGAGCUCCAGGAGGCCUUCGCGAGGGGGGAGCUGAAGCCGGGGCUCAACGUGGUGCUGGAGGAGCGGCCGAAGCGGCGCAACGACGCGGACGGCCUGAAGCAGUGCCUGGCCGAAUUCGGGAAGCAGCUCGCGUGGGUGGAAAGGCUGGACGUGACUCUGGGCCCCGUCGUGGACCCCGUCGCCCAGAGCGCUUCCAGCACAGAUGCUGUUGACCCUGAGAAUGAUUUCCAGAGAGAGAUGAGCUUCUACCGGCAGGCUCAGGCAGCCGUCCUGGAAGCCCUCCCUAGGCUGCGGAAGCUCCAGGUUCCGACCAGGAGGCCAGAUGAUUACUUUGCAGAGAUGGCCAAAUCAGACCAACAGAUGCAGAAGAUUCGACAGAAGCUUAAGAGUAAACAGGAAGCAAUGGAGAGGUCUGAGAAAGCAAAACAGCUCCGUGCAAUGAGAAAAUACGGCAAGAAGGUGCAAACUGAGAUUCUGCAGAGGAGACAGAAGGAGAAAAAAAAUAUGUUGAAUGCAGUCAAGAAGUACCAGAAAGGGCUGUCUGACAAGCUGGACUUUCUAGAUGACGAGCAGACGUCGUCUCAGGGGAAUAAAAAAGGCAGUGCAAGUCAACGGACAAAGAAGGGACCAAAUGCCAAAAGACGAUACAAAAAUCAGAAGUUUGGUUUUGGUGGGAAGAAGAAAGGCUCAAAGUGGAACACAAAGGAAAGUUUUAACGAUGUAUCCAGCUUCCAGUCAAAAGUGGCUCACAACAAAGGCCCAGGAAAAGCAAGAAAAGGAGGGAAGAAAGCCCUCAAUAAGAGACCUGGAAAGAGAGCAAGGCAGAAAAUGAAGAACCGAGCGCGCUAAGAGGACUGUGCUUCCCACUGGGGUUCUUGUGUGUCUGUCUGUUGCGAGAUGUGCUUCUGCUGGCAUCAAGCAGCUAACCAUGGAGCAAGCUGGAUGCUUCCAAGUGGCAUGGAAAAGAGUCAGUGGAAACUAGUGCCUUAUCACUAAUUUCUUCGUCCUGUUUUGUUGAAGGAUUGUUUUCUGCGUAAACCUUUGGUGUGUGAAUGCAUUAAAUGGUUUGCAAAGAACUAUGUGUAACUCAUGUUUAGCUGUUUUAUGAAUGGCAGCUGGAGCCUGCCCUUUGUCCCCUUCAUUCUGACAGCUUUUUUCACCACUACUGCUGAUGUGAGGUUGGAGACCUCGAGUUCUGGGUCAUGUUGCUGAUGUCAAAAUAAGAAGUCUGAAGCCUGUCAAGAUGUUAGAGUGGUUUUUUAGACUAUUCAUAUAGAUGGGUUUAGAAACAGCAAUGAGACGAAUACAGCAGUCUUAUAAGUUUAUUUCUGUCAGUGUUGUCAGGCUGCAAAUCUGGACGGACUGAGGUUCUCUCUUCCCUUUUCUGUUGUCUCUUACUAGAACUCUACCAGACUUGCCUGUUAACAAGCAGGCCUAACACAUUAGAUGUCAUUAACAGUCUAUCUGAGUUUGUGGCUUUCCCCCUCUACUACUGAAGGUUCUUACUCUCCUCCUCCCCAUGCCCCAGGGCAGCCAUUUAUGUAGUGAACUCGGUUUUCCGGCGUGGGAAGUGGAGUCUGCAAUCAUUACGGUCCACAGGAAUCUGGGAAAGAAAAAUGACAAAUACUCAUGUGCUUUUGCUAAAAUUGGUAGUAGCAGUCCCUCCUGGGAAGAGUGAUGCAUGGUGUUCUUGCUGCUGAGAAAUGUCCAAGUGGAAAACGAGCAGGGUACCACCAUACAGUGAUGGUAGAACUGCUUCAUUAUGGUAGAACCUGGUGAAAAAGGCAAGAUUAACAAAUUAAACAGCAUUAUGAGCCUUGACCCUAUGAAUUGAACUUGCUUCCCUUCAUGCACAUUUAGUUGCCUCUUUCCUGCCAGUCUAAUCCUACCAGCACUAUUUUAACACCAUAAAGCCCAACUGGCAUGUCUGUCUCUACCCUUGUCAGGAGUAACUAGCUACUUGAUCUUUAAUACGAAAAAUUGAGGAAAACUGUCUUAUUUUCUUAUUUGUCUUAGUUUUUUUUGUAACAGGCCAAAAUUAAUCAGAUCCUCACUUGCCUUUCUCAAAACACUAAUCUAUAAAGUCAACCAUCAUCAUAGCUAUUUGUUUGUCAGGUAUGAUUGAUGUCUCAGCUUGUUAAUCAUACUUCUUUACCUCCUAUUUAGUCACGCUUCCCCAGAUGAAUCGUCACUGGUGUAUCUGCCCUGGGUAUACUUAGAUGAUUAUUAAUUUCAUGGAUCUGCUUGCACUUUUGUUUGAAAGAUACUGUGCAGCAGCAGAUUUCUUUUCACAGUACUUACAUAUGUCACUUCACGUUGCUCACUACACCAUUUCUCAUGGCUGAAGGCUUUAGUAAACAGUGAGUACACACAUGGCAUUUGGCACUGUACUUGGGGUCCAUUGUCACUGUAUGUAUUUUGCAUUCAGGUUUCUCAGGGGAGUCUGCUGUUUCUGUGUUCACAAGCCUAUGCCAGAGUGAAGAGUCCUCUUAGGUCUAAGUUUUAAAAACUGUUUAUGAACAGCUCUGCUCACGCCUGGUCAUUCCUGUUUUCCAUGUUUGUCACAAAUUAUUGUCUUGCAUGUGUAUCUUUCAGUGGUGGGCUGAACACCUCUGAAUCCUGCAAAGACCUGAGUCCUACUCACCAGAGGUGUUGUGUUCCAGCCAAUUUCUUGGCUUUCAGUUUGCGGCUCUGAAUAUUUCUGUCUUGGCUGCAGUGCUGCGCGGUGAAAAAGUUUCAGGAACUCGUCUGUUGGUUUAAGAGACACAAAUAGAAAUGAAAGUAUUUAAAAAUUUAAAAA